UGGCUGCUCUAAAGAUAGGAAAGGAAACAAAUUUCGGGCCCGUCGCGUCUAGCAAAAAAUAUGAGAAAAAAAUUAUUAAAAAUUCUAAAAAUAGUUGAAAGUCCAGAAAAACACAACAGAAAGGAUGCCAAAGCGUCCAGGACUCUUGAGUCCUGCAUGACGUCAUCAACAUGUCCAUGUGCAACUAGCCUGCCUUAGGGGCGCCAUGGCGUCAGGAACCCAGGUCCACUUGGACCAGGUCCUGGACAAGGCAAAGCCGGAGGCACCCAUAGGGAGGCGCAGGCGAGCAGAAGGAAAACCCAAGAAGAAUUUCCCCUGCGAAGACUGCGAGAAAGCUUUCAACAGUGUGGAGAAACUGAAGGUGCAUUCCUACUCUCACACCGGAGAGAGACCAUACUUCUGCUCCCAGCCUGGAUGCACCAAGGCCUUUGUCUCCAAAUACAAGCUGCUAAGGCACAUGGCAACUCACUCGCCAGAAAAAAGCCACAAGUGUUCAUACUGUGAAAAAAUGUUUCACCGCAAGGAUCACUUAAAGAAUCACCUUCACACCCACGACCCGUACAAAGAAGCCUUUACAUGUGAGGAGUGCGGUAAGAACUACAACACCAAGCUGGGCUUCAAGCGCCACCUCGCCCUCCACGCAGCCAACAGCGGCGACCUCACCUGCCAGGUGUGUCUGCAGACGUUCCCCAGCACCGCGGUGCUCCUGGAACACCUCCGAACCCACGCCGGCAAGUCCGCCGGUGCCACGAAGGAGAAAAAGCACCACUGCGAUCAUUGCGAGCGGAAAUUUUACACCCGUAAAGACGUGCGGCGCCACAUGGUGGUCCACACGGGACGCAAAGACUUCCUGUGUCAAUACUGCGCGCAGCGCUUUGGCAGGAAGGACCACCUGACCCGGCAUGUGAAGAAGAGUCACGCUCAAGAACUGUUGCGAGUGAAAAGUGAGCCAGCUGAUUUGGCGCAGCCUCCGGCCUUUGAGUCCAUGGCUGAGCCCCCAGACAUGUUGACGACAAUGCCGCAUCAGCACAUUUACACCACCGCCCUCCUGGAUCCAGAGCCCCUCCCGAACGCCGCGUUAAAUAAAUACCCAUUAGGCUCCAACAUGACCUCAUACGCUGUCUCCUCACAGGGAUGGGAGCAGAACCAAAAGGGAGAACUGGAGAGCUACCUAAUGGCGCUACAAACUAGCACGCCUUCGUCGUCCUCCGCAAGCCAAUAUCAACUUUCUACCUGCAAACUGGAGAUGGAUUCACACGCCGCCAUGAUGGAAGAAGCGAGGCAGGAUUCGCACAGGAUUCCGACAUCUACGCCGACGUGUGACUCGAUGGCCUCGCCCUCGUCGCUGAUGGACUUCUCCCAGCUUUUCAAUUUUCUGCCGCUAAAUGGACCUCCGUACAUUCAGACAGGGGGCAGUGCAGAGCAGCACACGCUCCACCAAGACAACACACCUUUGCUCCUGCUCCCACAAUCUUCCAAAACAACCACGCUGCCACGCUUCCAUCAGGCUUUUCAGUGAUCCAGUAAGUUUGACGCAUUCAUAUAUACCUAAAGUACAUCAACAUACACGGUAAACGUACUUUACAUACAAGCAUUCAUACAUACAGUACUGAACAUACAUAUUAGGGGUGUAACGAUUGGGCCUGGACUUUGGUGCGGUUUGUUUUCCCGUGGUGCAAAUCGACUGGACCGGACAUGGUGUGAAGGCAAUGACAUCUUUUAUUAUUAACUCGAAAAUAUUACAAAAAAACAAAGGGUAUAAACAAAAGGCGCUCUCAGUGGAGGUACUAAACUUGGCUAUGAAAACAAAACUAUUACUACAACGUAAACUAUGGACAUAAAACAAAAAUUGCAAACUGUGGCAUGAAUAACAAAAAAUUACUUGGAACGAGAAAGGGGGCAUGGAUCAUCGGCAUGGAUGACAAGGGUGUAGAGAGGGUGAUGUCGCCAGCCUGACUGCCUGGCAACUACAGGCUUAAAUUAUGGUGCAGUGAUUGACAAGUGUGUGAGUCCAAACAAAUCAAGUGCGUGAGUUGUGAACACAUAACAGGUGAAACUAAUGAGUUUAGGGACGGCGUGGCGUUUAGGGACGGCGUGGUGCAGUUGGGAGAGUGGCCGUGCGCAACCCAAGGGUCCCUGGUUCAAUCCCCACGUAGUACAAACCUCGUCACGUCCGUUGUGUCCUGAGCAAGACCUUUCACCCUUGCUCCUGAUGGGUGCUGGUUAGCGCCUUGCAUGGCAGCCCCCUCCAUCAAUGUGUGAAUGUGUGUGUGCAUGCGGCACCGCUGCUGCCCUCUGCUCCCUUCACUUCCCAGGGGGUGAUCAAGGGGAUGGGUCAAAUGCAGAGGAGAAAUUUCACCACACCUAGUGUGUGUGUGACAAUCAUUGGUACUUUAACUUUAAUGUGGAAGCAGUGUCAAAGCGCUUUGAGUACCUUGAAGGUAGAAAAGCGCUAUACAAGUACAGCCCAUUUACCCUUUACCAUUUAGUUGUCCAUAGGCUAUAUCAUCCCUACACGCCUGUUUUGCAGGUUUCCACGCUCGACAGGGGAUUUAAAAAAAUUCCCUGACGAGGGUCUCAUAUCAUCCCUACUAUAUAUAUAUAUAUAUAUAUAUAUAUAUAUAUAUAUAUAUUUAUAUAUAUAAAUUGUGAUUUAGAAGUAGCUAUAUAACUGAUGAUGUAUUUUAGCCGCUAGCUAGCCAUAUCUUAAAGCACCUCCUCCUGAGGGCGUUUCAGUUUUAUAACUUCACCUUUAUGGUUAGUUUUUAAGCCAAAAUGCAUCCGUUCUCCCUUUUCUGUCUAUACACUGCUUCCGCUUGUAAGUACUCCGUGAUUGUGCGCUGCCAAACAUGCUCGUCUAUUCGUAAACCAGCAAUGGAGACAACGUGACGACGACGGGGAGCAGGGGGAGGGAUGACCGGUACUUUUUAGAGGCGGUAUAGUACCGAAUAUGAUUCAUUAGUAUCGCGGUACUAUACUAGUACCGGUAUACCACAUAACCCUAGUGGGUUGCACUUUAUUUUUUUUAUUGAUAUUGUAUAAUUUCUCUGUUGGACAACUAAAGCAGUAGUAGCAGGUACAUCUACUAUUAAAAUGCCAGUUACUGUACUAUUAUUAAACAUUUCUUGAAUACAGAGCAGAAAAGGUUUCCUCUUGUUAUUUCAACCUAAAGUGUUGGUUGCACUUUAGUUGUUGUUUACCUGCUUGUUUGUAUCCAUAAUUCAUUCAUGUCUAAUUCCCUUACAAGAAAUAACGAUAAUAAAGGAAACUAUAUAUGUUGUGUCCAGUAUCCAGUAUUUAUUCCACAGUUACUCUGGUUGAAUUUUUGGCUAAAAAGUUACUGAAUCAAUUUCAACUCACUGAAUAGUUUCGGAUUGUAUCAUUCUAAAUAAACUUAGAAUCUGAUUGGAAAUGAUUAGAAUUGAUCGUUAUAACAUAUCGUUACACCUCCUAAUAUAUUUGUAAACAUACAUGCAUGCAUGUGUAUACAUACAUGCAUAUGUAUACAUACAUAUGUACUCACAUGUAUGCAAGCAUACAUACAUGCAUGCAUACACACACAUGCACAGACAUGCGCACACACAAACAGAGAACAUGCAAACACUACACAAAUAUGUCCAGACAGAGAUUAAAUUUAAAUGUAGUAUUUGUUGACUGUGUAACCAACAUGCUUACUGCUAGCCUCAGCACAUAUAUGUGCUAUCAAUUAAAUGCUUGAUUCAGUUCAAAGUGCUUUUCUUCUGAAAGGAUUGACAUGUCUUUUGAUUGCUUCUUUUUUUUUCCAUUGGUUUCUUCAUCGAUCGCUUUGGCGAGCAAGCAUGAAGACAUUUCUUUUAACUUUUUAAAAGAAAUGAAUUCAUUUGAAACAUUUCCUCUUUCACAGCAUUAUGUUAUUAAGGUUUGUGGUUUCACAGUUUAGCACUUUUUGUAAAUUAAUUGCCUUUAUAUCUUUACAGAUUUAUAGAAUAUAAUUAGGAUAACAUGUACAUUUUCUGUUUUUUUUUCCUAAGAAAGUAUACUUUUGCUUCACUUGCACAUGUUGUGUAUCAUAUUAAAGCUAAUUAAAAAACAA